GUGUUUUCCUCGAGAGGCAAUCGAAAAGUGGCAUCGAGGGUCGGCUGAAGAAACCUGUGUCGGCACCGUCGGAGCGAAAAUGCUGGCUUCCCGUGCACUGCUGGUCGGAAGACUGUUGCACCGUGGCCUCGGGCGGAAGGCAACAACGGGCGUGCUGCGUAACCAGCUCGUUCGCCAUGGGCACGACUGGUCAUAUCGAGUGAACGGACCGAAGCCGGAAAUGGCAACACGCAUCGGAGCACAGAUUGCCGGAGGUCUCAUGUGGUGGUGGGUGUUGUGGCAUCUGUUCCACGAAUACGAACACAUUACGGGUGAAUUUGAAUAUCCCGACCCUUCACAAUGGAGCAACGCCGAGCUGGGCAUUCCCUCCGAGUUGGACGAAUUGGAGUAAGCUCACUGCCAGCUGCCUAAUCUUGUUGCUAAACCAUGUGCUUUCGAACGUCCGGGAGAGCUGUUUCGGUGGAAUUCUGUUGUAAAUAAACAGUGGCGAGCGUAGCAAAUGUU